AACCAAAAAGAAAAAAAUAGCAAGUGAUAGGAGAAGAACUCCGAAAUGAGCAAAAACUGACUGACUGACAGAUAGACACCAUUAACGUCAUAUCUUUGUAUUCAUUAUCCUUCACAAGUCUUGAUUCUUCCUUUCUCCCAUUCUCUUCAUUUAAUUUUCCUUUUGGUUUCAAAAUUCAGUCAACGGAGGAGGUUUGAGAAUGGCGACUCAAUCAUCGGAACCUUCUCCUGCAAAUCCUGCCCAUCAAAACCCAGUGUCUUUUGUUUAUGGAUUACUAUUCAAAGAUGAUUGGUGUGAAUGGUUAUGUGCAACUUGAAUGAUUUGGGAGACGACCAAUGGGUUAUUUGUUUACAGUGUCAAAAUCACUUCAAAUUUAGGAUUAUAUUAAGCAUAUGGUAAUGGUUUCUUUUUUUAUGCUUUGAGCUACAGAGAAUGUACAGCCAACAACUGGGGUUCAGCAGGGUGCUGGGGCUGAGGCUAUCAAGCAAAGUCCUCCAUCUGUCUUUGUGAACUCAGAACCUAUGCGAGAGGAACAAGUGCAGAAUGCUGUGAAGUUUCUUUCGCACCCAAAAGUUAGGGGCUCUCCUGUUAUGUAUAGAAGAUCGUUUCUUGAGAAGAAGGGCCUCACUAAGGAAGAGAUAGAUGAAGCUUUUCGGCGUGUGCCGGACCCAACCCCAAACACACAGGCAACCAGUUCUAGUCAAGCAGAGGGUCAGGUGAAAGCAACACCGAAUGCUCAGCCACCAGCCCCAGCACAAACCCUGCAACCUGUAGCAGCUGCUCCUACUGGUGUCAUUUCUACAAUGAGGACUUUGACUCAACAUCAAUUUAACUGGCAUCAUGCUGUUGUUGCUGUAGGACUGCUGGCAGUUUCAGGUGCUGGAACAGCUGUGUUAGUUAAGAAAACUAUUAUUCCCAGGCUGAAGUCUUGGAUACGCAAGGUUGUGUUGGAAGAAGAAGAUGACAGCGUGAUGAAAACUAAUGCAAAGCUAAGUUUGGCAGAAGAAGCAGCGGCAGCUGCUAAAGCAGCAGCAGCUGCAGCUGCUGAUGUUGCAAGAGCGAGCCAGGAAAUGUUGAAUUCGGAAAAUGAAGAGAAGAGAUGCUUCAAGGAAUUUAUGAAUAUGUUAGAUGUGCAAGUACAGGAAAUGAAGUCAAUGAGUACUGCUAUACAUAGAUUGGAAGGACAAAUAGAUUACCGUGCAAGAAACUCUCUUGCUGAUCAAGAAGAUUAUAGAGCCUCAGUGGCAAAUCCAAAGCAAACGUAUACCAAUGGCAAGGCAGAGUUUGAUUUGCGUUCAGGGAGAUCUUCAUCACAGUCCAUGUCUGCUCAAGCCUCUGUUGCAGCACACCGAAAGUCAUAUAUGGAGAUAAUGGAGCAGAGAGGGGAGAAACCUGCCAAUAUCAGAGAUAUCAAUGAUCAACUACCCAACCCUUAUCAGCAAAUUUCAAAUCCUCGCAUAGCAUCUAUAACAAAGCCCUGGGAGGUUGGUCGAGCUCAAAACAACUCAAGCCAAGUGCUUGAGUCUCAAGUGGGCAGAGAAAGUUUGAAUUCCAAUGUACAUGACAGUGGUGUUGAUCAGUUGGAUGGCAAGAGCAUGGAACCCCGUUGGCAGCAGAAAAAUGCCAGAAUCACAGAGAUAGAAAAUGGAGAUGAAACAAAAGCUGGACCUUUUGGUGUACAAACCAGCGAGCAACCAGUUAGGCGUGCAUGGGUCCCUCCACAGCCACCCCCAGUCGUGAUGCCUGAAGCAGCUGAAGCCAUCAGACGACCAAAACAAUCAAUUCAGAAAGAACAGUCAGAAGAUGAUCAAUCUGUGUCUCAUCCAAUAGACACAGCUGAUGAGCUGCAGAGGAUAACAAAAAUAUCAGAAUCAGGAGGUGCAGUGGAGAUUAAUGGUGGGGGGUCAGUGCUGAACUCAAGUGAGAUACAGGAGGAGCAAGAACAAAUCCAUGAGAACUAAAGCAGAGUUUGAUUUGCAUGAUCUAACCGAUCCAAGGUACAUUUUUGUGUUUGAAAAAACUGCCUGAGAAUACUUCUGAUCAACAUGGGACAAUCAAUUUGAUUCCACAUGUAAUUAUGUGUCAAACUUUACUCUUUUAGACUGUACCCGGAGUUCAUUUUCAUGAGAAUAAAGUUAUGAAUACUGGUCUAUGUUUUUGUACAAUUGUUGUGUGGUUAGUGUUUUGUACUGCACUCC